CAACGCUUUCUGUGGGAGUGCGUCGACAUGCAAUGCACGGCGGUGGCGGCGGGCGCUGCUGGCUCCAAUCCACCGGCAGCAUUCCUCGUUUCCCACCCAGCCCUUUCUGCGAAGCGCUCCUUUUGUUCCAUGUGCCAUGGCUCGUCUCCCUCCUCCCCGCCCCUCCUGCCCCGAUCCAAGCCGACAACCGGUUGGGGAGAGCGCGGCCAUCUCGGCCCAAGGCAUCGUGCUGCCUCUCCAAUGGCGAGAUGGGUUUGCCCAGCUGUUUUUGCCAUGUCGGCCCAGCCCACGAGGGUGGGGCUUUAUUGGGUGGCCAGGCUACGGCAAGGGCUGAUUGGCCCAGUGUGGGAAAACGACGCGCCAUCCGCAAGCGGGCUGGGGCUGGCUGGGCCAGCCGUGAGCCAGUCGCUCCAGUCUGUGGCGGCCGACAGCAAGGGAGGAGGGAAGGGGAGGGGAAAAAAGGAAAGGUCUUGCCGAUCGGUUGACGGCAGCACACCGCCGUGUCGGCCCCAGCUUUUCCCACCCAGGUGGGAGCGCGGAAACGAUGUGAUGUGGGGCUUGCCGCCCACAGCUGCUCCGCCCCCGACUGCCGCUCCCUCCCUCCCCCUGGUGACGCAGCUCCUUCCCACCCCAGGCCGGGCCCGACAUCGAGGGCGCAAUCUCGCACGCGGCGCUAGGGCCGUGGGCGUUGGGCGGUCAGGCCGAUCACGGCCCAGCGGCCAGCAGCGGCCAUGCCAAAUUGCUACGAAACGCGUCGACCGUUCCGGUUACCCCUGUCGCGCAAGAGAUCGGGCCUAUCGCGACGGACGGCGUGUGCCUGUGAGUGUGCCUGUGAGUGAGGGACGUCUGUGUGUGCACAAGACCGCACCAGCACCAGCACUAGCACCAGCACCAGCGCCAGCACCAGCCCAGCACCAGCGCCGCCUUUGGCUUGUGUGGCGCAACCACGACUACCCCUGGCUCCUUCGUCCCCGCCUCCCGCGCGUGCGCCCGUCGCGACUCGCAUACCCGCAACCGGUCAGUUAUUCUGGACGACCCCAGCGGCGGGAACCGCCUGGCCGAGUGGGCUUGCUAGGCCGGGCUGGCGUUAUUCCUUGGUGUGUCCCAGGGGUCGUGCCGCUAGAAGACGAAGAAGAUUGCAACUUUCCCGAGUUUUCUUGCUUCGGCGCGAGCGGUGCUUUACUCGAUUCGUACCAGCAAUUCCCACUUUCAAAACACACUGAACCUAAGCCCCCUGGUGCAUGUCCGGACCAAGCCAGCCUAGAACCGGUGUGUGACUCGGAAGACGCGGGGGUGGAAGGUGAUGCCAGGGUGGGCUGCAGCGAGCGCUGA